AUGCUGGAAAAGGUUAGCAGUUUCCAAAGGCAGGUUCUCUCUUCCUUGCGUGGAGCAGCAAGCAAAACCUGUGAGCCUGGAAUGGGCAACAGCAUUUCACCUUAGAGCAGGAGAUGGGGACAGUGGCCUUUCUUCUGAACGGAAAACUCUGUGCAACCCAUCCUACCAAGACACACACAUCAGCAGAUGAGUUUUUGCAGGUGGACUCCAGCUCUGCACACCCAUCCAGUCUGAUGCACGCAGAACCAGCACAAGACAAGGAGGAUCACAGCAGACAACCCCAGGUUCCUGAACUGCUAUUAACAACAACAUGACAAUUUCACACAUCCCUCCUAAAGGCCUGCCUGACGCAGAAAAUCAAACCCAUGAUAGCAAAUUUCAAGUUAAAAGGAAAAGACUGUUUCUGCAGAGAAUGGAAAGAACCAUUUUGGCUCUGGGCUUUUCACAGAAGCACAAGGGUUUCCCUCCCACCACCGCUGUACACAGCAGCCUGUCCCGCUGCCAACCUCCACCCCAGGAGCGUCUGGAUGUCAGUCCUGCAUUCCCCGGAGGGCUGCUGAAGCACUUUGGAUUCCUCAGAGAUGGAAACCUUUCUAGAAACGCAGGGAGAAAUUGCUGCUGCGGCUGCUGCCAUGGUGGUUUCCAGGCUGGAGGAAGGGCUUUGGGAACGUUUUGUACUCUGCCUCAUCGCUCUGAAACGCUCCUCGGCUUGGGCAUCCCUUUGGUCCUGCCUUACGUCUCAGCAGGGAGGGAUGGAGUGAGACAAAGGAGUCGGUAUGGGUCACUGCUGGUUUCUUACCUUCUGUCAAUGCCUGUUCUAAGGCUACAGGUGAGCCAGAGGGACAAGAUCAAGGCACAGGAGGAAGAAAGAAGAGCCAUAGGGGAGCAUGGCCAGCUAUUUCCUGGUUCCUGAAGGGAAAUGCCAAGCAGGGACCCAAGAAAUUACGUACCCAAAUCCCAUAAGUAAACUGUGGGUGCUCUGCUGCACUGAGCUCAGUAACGCAGCCCGGCGGUGCACUGGGUUCUGCUCAGGUAACACAAAGGAAAAGGCCAGCGGCUGCAAAUUAAUUACUGUUAACGAUGCCACCUUCCUGCAGAGCACAGCAAUUUCUGCAGAGGGCACAAAGCUUGGUUUUGUCGGAUGCCCAAGCCUGUAAAGAUGCCUUCUGGCAUCCCUGCGCUGCCCGUGAGCCCAUCUGUUCCCAGUGGGAGCCAGGGAGCCAUCAGGCAGUGCCGGAUGGAAGCACGUUUUGACUCACGGGUCAGAGGCUGGGCAGAGAAGUCCAUCCUUCCCAGUCACUUCUUUAAUUGACACAGUGAAAGAAGCCACAUCUUCCUGCCCGAUUCUGACCGGGUCUGUAAUUGAAUUCUGCUCAACAUCUCCGCUCCAGCCCCCCAGGGGCCCCUCUAUUAAUGAUGGAUUUUUUCUCGCCUUGGGAAUUUCUCCUUGCUCCCAUUCUUUUUAUUUAAUAGGAUCUAGUGAGAAAACCGGCAGUAGUACAUCUCCCACCCUGUGUUUCCUACCUUUCCCAAAGGUGCUUCAUGAAGAAAGGUGCUUGGGCAUUAAAAGAGAGACAAGUGAACUUCGGGGACUGGAAACGUGUGCAGUUUUCCUGGCUUUUGUUCAUUCAUCCUUUCUCUCACUCCUCUCAGGUCUUUUGUUUCUCCUUGCCAAAACUGCUUGCGCACACUUCACUCAGGAUCUAAUGAGACUGUUUUAGAAACUGCAGCGC